AUGACAAGCAAUUAUGCUGAAAGUUUCAACAAUAAGACCCGGGACGCUAGAAGCUUUCCGAUAACUACAUUCGUCGAAUUUAUUUGCUUCACACUGCAGUCCUGGUUCUGUGAUAGGAGAGAAACUAACGAGAAGACAACUACAACUCUUGCACCGACCUAUGAGAAAAAUUUGGUGGAUAUGGCUAAGAAAGCUCGAUUCUUGUUCCCUUAUGCAAUAAGGAGGCAUGAGUUCCAUGUGUUAGAUGGUGAGCUGAAUGGUGAAGUCGGCCUCCUGAAUAAGACAUGCACAUGUGGCGUGUUUCAGAUUAUUGGUAUCCCAUGUGCUCAUGCACUAUCUGGAUCCCUUAAGCGAGGGGUGAACUUUUAUUCGCUGUGUUCAGAUUACUAUAAAAUUGAGACAUGGAGGUCCUCUUACACAGAAUCUAUAUAUCCUACUGGUAACGAGGAAGAGUGGAUUGUUCCACAUGACAUUAUGACAAUAAAAGUGAGAACACUUGUGCAGAAAAACCCGGUUGGUCGUCCAAAGAAGAAACAAGGUAGGCCUAAGACGAAACGCCAUCCUUCCAAUGGAGAUAAAUUGGUUGUACAACGCAAGUGCAGCACUUGUGGAGGUCUAGGCCAUAAUAGGGAAACUUGUAAAGUUCGUGUUUGA